GACAGUACGCGUGUCUAGACCACAACAAAUGCUGUCAUUCGACACUUAUUGACUUUCAAGUUAAGAGAUUGCUCUGAAGGGAGAGCACUGUGAUACACAUACAAAUAUGACUUCUGCUACUGCGUCUUCAUUUGCGAAGACCAUGGCAACACAUCCUGAACUGUCAACAAAAAACAAGUCUGUCACCUCGCACUGGUUCCUUGUAUGGCGAGGAAUCUCACUGUUUAUGACAGUAUUUUUCCUCCUGGCCUCGGCAGUCAAUAUUAAUGAUGGAGAUUGGUACAUAUGGGUUCCAAUAUACCUUAUUCCAGCUGUACUUGCCAGUGCAAUCGUGAUUAGGCCAGAUGUUCAUGAAAAUAGAGUGUGGAGCACUUUGGCUGUGAUCCAUUUUGCAUUUUGCCUGGCUUACACAGUUUAUCAGGUGGUCCUUUUGAUAGAGGCUAUCACAGGGGAACUGAAAAACCCCUUAGAACAUGAAGAAGGCCGGGAAAUGGCAGGCCUUUUGAUAAUUAUGGCUUGGCUUGGAAUUUGCAGAUUUACAAACCUUGGAAGGCCAGAUGGUGCUGUUUCCAAUCGUAGUCUGAUGAAUGCACUGCUUCUGCUAACGGUCAUGCUGGCUGUAAUUCCACUGGGUAUUUGGUCUCUCUGCUUCGUCCAUGACUGGCACACAAAACUUGGACAUUGCAAGGGCAUGUUUCAAGAAUUCAGUGACUUUGAGAAGUCAAAAGAGCUGUAGUUGGCUUGCUGAGCCCCAAAUAAAGAAUGCUUCCCAAAUACAUAUCCACUUUUUGAAGAUUUUUUUGACAGUAUUUUGUUUGCACUGCUUGUAUAUUCUGUUUUAUCAGCAUAAGAAGCAAGUAUACCUACUUGUCGAAAAGGUGUUAUUGUUUCUUGUUGACUGUCACUGCUGUUUCAUUCAUGCAUUUCUAAAAAUCUUUUAUGCGAUUUUCUUUCUCUUGGUCUACUAUUCUAAAACAUAAUGAUGAACGAACAAUUUUCAGUUGUUGAAUUCUUAAGUUAAAUGUCUCUUUCUUUGAAACUUGAGUCUAGUCCUUGUUUACAUAUCAAAAUUACUGUUUGUGUUCCACUGCAUCGUAUAUUCCAUGGAUAACAUUUUAAUAUUCUCAUUUAUGAUGUGAUUAAAUGUUUUUAACUUUUAACUUAUGUUUUUGCUGACUUUAUACAAUUUUAACUUCCAAAAGAAGCUUUAUCAUUGUACACAAAGUCAAGGUUUCAUGUGCAAUAUGCUGAAAUAUACUUGUCCAUUAAAAAACUGUGAAGUGUUGUAAUAACAUACUUCAGAGGCUUUUGAUAUUACCAUCGUCUUUAUCUCUUGAUUUAAUCUUAUGGCUUCGGAUAUUCUUUGUUCAGAAAAAUUUGAAUUAAUACUUACAAAUAAGCAUGCUUACAAAGGGCAUUUGUUCAACAAAAUCCAAAAGGUUGUGAUAUUUUGCCAUAAAUGUUUUCAUUAUAUAAUCCCAAUAAAAUUUAAUCAUGCA